UUCUCCUCAUCUUUCAGAUUGUCUUCCCCAUUUUAAGUAUUAUUUAAGCCUAAUUGUUGUGAGCUGUUCCUCUGAGACAUUCUCAUGUGUCCAGAUGCUCCUGUCUGCUCCCAAAGUGCUGUCUGGAGGAAGGGAAGCUGUCUUUGAAGAGAAAAUGAAAGCCUUCAGCUCAGACUGUUUUAUUGCACUGAAGCAUUUGCUCCCUAAUUACAGUCACCUCCCUUUGAAGGUGCUCACUAAAGUGUGCAUCACUUCCUCUUAUUUUAAUUAAAUUUGGACCUUCAGUCCAUGAUUAGUGCUGAGAUGACCGCGUGAUAACAUGUUAAUUACCUGUUGCUUAUCUUGGGAAACAUGCCUCGCACAGAUAAAUGCUCUCUGAGUUAUUGACAUGUCUUCCAUUGUUGUGCUGGGAGUCCCACUGGUCAGAGUGUGGGAACCCCAGCCCUGCCUGAGCCACAUGGCUUUGUUAUGCUAAUGUCUGAGUAUAAAAUGAGGAGCAGCCCCUCCAGGGACAUCAGAGCUAACGCUGCAGUCCAAGAAGCUGCUAACUUCACCUGCACAGACAUGGCUCCCUGCUCCACCAACUACUCCUCUAUUCACCACAUCAGGAUCUCUGAGAAAGACAACAUCAAAUUGAGAAAACCUAUUGUGGAGAAAAUGCGCAGAGAUCGCAUCAACAGCUGCAUCGAGCAGCUCAAGAUCAUUCUGGAGAAGGAGUUUCACAAGCAGGAGCCCAACUCCAAGCUGGAGAAAGCCGACAUCCUGGAGAUGACUGUGAGCUUCCUGAGGCAGCAGCUGCAACGGGGCCUCUGUCAGAGCGACUACAACCAAGGCUACUCUCACUGCUGGAGGGACUCUGUCAGCUUCCUGUCUGCUGCAUCCAACACAGACGCCUCUGUCACUCCUCUGCAGGGCCUCCAGCUGCAGGAGCAGCAGCUCCACCAGGCCCAGAGAGCCAGCAGCUCCUCCCCAGUCUGCUCCAUCCUCAGGCCCACCUCGCUGCAGGACAGCAGCAGCAGCAGAGGCCCAGUAUGGAGGCCUUGGUAGAGACUCUGACACAGACGCUCUGACACCUGAGGGGACUCUCCCUCACUAUGUAGGAAAUAUAUUUCCAGCCUGCUCGUUCAUGAUGGGUUUCCUUAUUGUCUCAUCACAUUGAUGGACAAGUAGUAGAAGCGAAGGCUCUCACUUAUUUGAAGAUUGUCCUGCUUUGACUUUGUUUGCUUUUUCUUUGUGUUUAAAGCUGGAGGUUGAUUUUUAAUUGUGAUGGUUUUGUUAAAUCUUGUUAAACGACUGUUUACUCCAGUGGAGUUUAUCUUUGGACUGCUUGAUGUAACAGUAUCUGCCGUACUGUGUUACACUGACAGUGGCUGUUGAGAAUAUUUCUCUUCUGUUUUGAAUUAUCUAUGCCAAAUCGUAUGUAUGAGCAUGAUAUUGAUAAUGAUAAUGAUGAUGGUGUGUGUGUGUGUGUGUGUGUGUGUGUGUA